AUGGUGCACGUGUGUAGCAAUGGCUUGCAGCUGUUUCCGGACACGAACGAGACGAGGAUCUUCUUGCAGAACCUGUCCCGACUGCGAUCGGUCUAUGAACCGUAUCACGGAGGGAUUUGCUUGACCAUCUGCGUGUUCGGCGUCGUCACUAACGUCAUUAACGUGAUAGUAUUAAGCAAACGCCAGAUGCGCUCGUCGGUGAACAUCAUCCUGGUCGGCAUCGCUUUGUGCGACAUGGGUACCAUGGCGUCAUACAUCGUCUAUUUGCUGCACUUCGUCGUCCAGGAAGGGACAUGUCUGUCCUUGCUUUACUCAUAUGCCUGGAUGCUGUACCUGGUCGUGCACAUGCUGGUGAGCAACACGCUGCACGCGACCAGUCUAUGGCUAGCCGUGGUCAUGGCUUGCAUCAGGACAGUGACCCUGAGGGAGAGGUCGGUCACCUCACGUUGGAUGAACGUUCAUGUUGCCAGGAAGGUGUGCACAGUUACGUUCGUUGUUGUGCAGCUCUUCUGCGUACCGAUGCUAUUUAGCAAUCAAAUUUUCGACAUCAGCCAUGAGGUGGCUAAUAACACGUGCAACGAGGAGUCCGUCUCUGAAAAUGCCUCAAUGUCAACAAGGGCAAGCACCUACACCAUUAGGGUCAGCGACUGCCGUCUGUACAUCGGCGUUCUGUGGAUGAACGGCAUCUUAUUCAAAACCAUUCCAUGCGUCGCAUUGUCGUUGUUUAUCGGCAGCCUGAUUUACACGGUUAGGAAUGCCAGACAGCGCCGUGACUCCCUGAUGCCUCUGAACUUCCAUUCGUCAGCCUCAUCGGCAGGUAUCCGUCGUUACGAUCGGACCACGAUAAUGCUUGUUGUUGUGUUAUUGUUGUUUCUCAUUUCUGAGCUGCCACAGGGCAUCGUCGUCCUGCUCAGUGCCAUUUUCGUCGCUGACGUCCAGCGUUACGUAUAUCCAAACAUAGGCAAUUUCCUUGACCUACUGUCGCUCGUCAACAGUUCGGUGACUUUCAUUCUCUACUGCUCGAUGAGCGACAAAUUUCGACAGGCGUUUUGGCAGGUGCUUCUUCCGAAGAAGGUCUACCUGAAAUGGUACGUGCGCAACUUGGGCAGUAACGUUAUCCGCAGG